UCAAAGGGGGUACAUUUCUUUUGUUGGAAUAAAAAGGGUUGGGGGGGUAGUGUGGCUUGUUAAUAUUGAUAACAUUGGCAAUAGUUUCCUUUUUCACUUAACCAACUGAAAGGAUGAGUGGAGGAGUGUAUGGUGGAGAUGAGGUUGGAGCCCUGGUGUUUGAUAUCGGAUCAUACACAGUAAGGGCGGGGUAUGCCGGAGAGGAUUGUCCCAAGGCCGACUUCCCCACGGUGAUCGGGGUGACCCUGGACAGAGAGGAUGGCAGCGUCCCCAUGGAGACGGAUGGUGAUAAGGGCAAGCAAAGUGGCACCACCUACUACAUCGACACCAACCAGCUGAGGGUGCCACGGGAAAACAUGGAGGUCAUGUCCCCUCUGAAAAACGGAAUGAUUGAAGAUUGGGACAGCUUCCAGGCCAUUUUAGAUCACACCUACAAGAUGCACUUCAAGUCAGAGCCCAGCCUGCACCCCGUGCUCAUGUCAGAGGCCUCUUGGAAUACUCGAGCCAAGAGGGAGAAGCUGACAGAACUGAUGUUUGAGCAUUACAACAUACCGGCAUUCUUCCUGUGCAAAACUGCCGUCCUGUCAUCUUUUGCAAAUGGGCGAUCUACAGGUCUAGUAUUAGACAGUGGAGCCACACAUACAACAGCUAUUCCAGUGCAUGAUGGAUAUGUCCUUCAGCAAGGGAUCGUCAAGUCUCCCCUUGCAGGAGACUUUAUGAGUAUGCAAUGCAGGGAGCUGUUUCAAGAGUUAAACGUGGAAAUAAUCCCUCCUUACAUGAUUGCUUCAAAGGUGAGAACUGCUAAAGAAGCAGUACGAGAAGGUGCCCCUGCCAAUUGGAAGAAGAAAGAAAAGCUACCUCAAGUCACCCGAUCAUGGCAUAACUACAUGUGUAAUUCAGUGAUCCAGGAUUUCCAAGCCUCAGUACUGCAGGUGUCUGAUUCACCUUAUGAUGAACAAGUGGCAGCCCAGAUGCCCACAGUUCAUUAUGAGCUGCCCAACGGCUACAACUGUGACUUUGGAGCAGAGAGACUUAAGAUCCCCGAGGGUCUGUUUGACCCCUCCAAUGCCAAGGGUCUGUCUGGGAACACCAUGCUGGGGGUAGGCCACGUGGUUACCACCAGUGUGGGGAUGUGUGACAUCGACAUCCGCCCGGGCCUGUACGGCAGUGUCGUGGUUACUGGUGGAAACACAUUGAUCCAGGGCUUCACAGACCGUCUCAAUAGAGAGCUUUCUCAGAAGACACCACCAAGCAUGCGUCUGAAGUUGAUAGCCAACAACACCACGGUGGAGCGCAGGUUCAGUGCUUGGAUUGGAGGUUCUAUCCUGGCAUCACUGGGAACCUUCCAGCAAAUGUGGAUUUCAAAGCAGGAGUAUGAGGAGGGUGGAAAGCAGUGUGUGGACAGGAAGUGCCCUUAACUGACCACAACACCCCGCUGCCUUUCGAACUCAAAAUAACUUGGAUUAGUUUAGCCUUUUCAGUGGACUCAGGAACACCCAACAAUAUUCAGUUUUGUAGGUUUUUUCCUUAAUGUAUAAACAGCAUACGAAAAAUUGGCUUCCUUUAUACCUCUGAGUAGAAAACAUGGUGUAGUAAACAUAUAGAGCAAUCAAGCCUACUCCUGGUUUUCUGCUGUUUUCCUACUACAAAAACACAGCUGUUAAUGUUCUAUUGAAUCUUCUGCUUUUGUUAUUUUUGAUAGAACUUUUCUAAGUCUAUUUUGAUAUACUAUUCUUGGCAGGAAUUAUUUUCAAGCAAUUGUGUUUUAAGCAGUGGAUCUUACCCUACAUUUCAUCAGGUUAAAUAACUUUUCACUUGUCAACACAUCUGUUCUGCUGCUGUUGUUGGGAUCAUCGUAAUGACUAAAACUCUUGCUUCCAAUAAGAUGACGCACUGUACAAAAUGUUGAAAAUUGCUCACUGCAAAUGUUUGAAUUCCAUAUUUUAUUAGUUUGUAUAACAUGUUGAAUGGCCAUUGGCUGUCUUCUGAAAAUAAAAUCCUUUUUAAGUGAUGCUUGUGUAAUUAAAAUGUAAAGCAAACCUGUAUAACAGCACUGAUGUAU